UUUUGUUUGUUUUUUUUUUUUUUUUAGCCCUCCGUCAAACACAGGGAGACGCUUCCGAAGCGGGGCGAGCGCUGAUCUUACGUAAAUGGUGCUGCUCCGGGGAGAGCAGCCCCCCUGCCAGCCCCGGGCCAGGGGAGCGUCCGCCGGUGCCGCUCGCCCUGCCUAGCGGCCGGGCACCUCGCUGCCGCUGCAGCCCGGCCUGAGAUCCGCUCUAGCACCGGCAGCGGCACCGGCGGGGACAAGCGGCGAGUACAGCCGGUAGUCCGCAGCCCCAUCCCCGGCGGCUUUCGGCUCCUCCGCGGACCGGCUGCGGGGAUGCUGCGGAGCGUCGGAUCUCGCGGCGUGGAGGGCGCUAUGUCAGAGAGAUAACGCAGCUCUGCCAGCAGCCCGGGGCCAGUCUCGGUGCCAGCCUUCCCCCGGGACCUGGCUGCCUGGGAGCCACUCGCUUCUCGGCGGCCGGACUGGCAGUGGCGGCGAGGCCGGGGAGCCGCGGGGCGAGGCCCGGCGGGGCGGGGGAGCGUCUGCCGGCCGAGCCGGGGCACCCCGCCUGCGGGGGCCAAGCGGCCGGGAGGCUGAGGAGCGCCGGCAGCAGAGGCGGGGAGGAGGAGGGCAGCGCCAUGACUCAUUUGCAGGCAGGUCUCUCCCCGGAGACUCUAGAGAAAGCCCGGCUGGAGCUGAAUGAGAACCCUGACACCUUGCACCAGGACAUCCAGGAGGUGCGGGACAUGGUGAUCACCCGGCCGGACAUCGGCUUCCUUCGCACCGACGAUGCGUUCAUCCUGCGGUUCCUGCGGGCCAGGAAGUUUCAGCACUUCGAGGCGUUUCGCCUCCUGGCCCAGUACUUUGAAUAUCGCCAGCAGAACCUGGACAUGUUCAAGAGCUUCAAGGCCACAGACCCGGGCAUCAAGCAGGCACUGAAGGAUGGUUUCCCCGGUGGGCUGGCUAACCUGGACCACUACGGCAGGAAGAUCCUCGUCCUUUUUGCUGCCAACUGGGACCAGAGCAGGUACACACUGGUGGAUAUUUUGCGCGCCAUACUCCUUUCUUUAGAAGCCAUGAUAGAAGACCCCGAGCUUCAAGUGAAUGGAUUUGUUUUGAUUAUAGACUGGAGCAACUUCACCUUCAAGCAGGCCUCCAAGCUCACACCAAGCAUGCUUAGAUUAGCCAUAGAGGGCCUUCAGGACAGCUUUCCAGCUCGGUUUGGAGGAAUACAUUUUGUCAAUCAGCCGUGGUAUAUCCAUGCCCUCUACACAGUUAUACGUCCCUUUCUAAAGGAGAAGACACGAAAAAGGAUAUUCCUGCAUGGUAAUAACCUCAACAGCCUGCAUCAGCUAAUACACCCCGAGAUCCUGCCUUCAGAGUUUGGAGGAAUGUUGCCCCCCUAUGACAUGGGGACAUGGGCAAGAACACUGCUUGACCAUGAAUACGAUGAUGACAGUGAAUGCAAUGCGGACUCCUACAAUACUCCAGCAAAAGAUGUAGAAAAGGACCUCUCUCCCAAAUCGAUGAAAAGAUCUCAGUCAGUUGUGGAUCCUGGAGUGCUGAAACGCAUGGAUAAGAAUGAGGAAGAAAACAUGCAGCCUUUACUUUCACUUGACUAACGGUUUCUGAGCAUUGGACAUGAACUGAGGUGGAAGACACUGCCUCUCAGCAACAAGCAAACCAUUGGGAAAGAGUACCAGCUGAAAUCCUAUUUACUUAUGUUAAUGUAGCAUGAUGGCAGCAGGCAGCAGGUUUUACUAUUCUGCCUGAAUUCUGGAUGCUCUUGGGUGAAAAAGAAGAGGAGAAAAGAAGAAAAAUACAAUGAAAAAAAAAAAAAAGAGGAAUCAAUAAUUUAUUCUGUAAGUGCCAACUUGUUUGUAAAUACGAUAUAAUCCUCCAAUUUGACUUUGUAAGUUAUGGUAAACAAAUGCUAUGGAAAUGAAUGACUAUUAAAUAUGUCAGUGAAGUGCACCAUAAAAAAGAGAAGAAAAUGUGUGUGUGCUCACACAUGCACACACAUACAUGCAGAGAAACACAUACCGGACAAAGAAAAAUAUCAAAGCCAAUUAAAUAUCCUUCUUAUAGGAAGCCAUAUUGCAGCUACUGUAUUGACUGCUGUUUUGUUUUCUCUUGCAAUGCUCAUAUAGCAUACAAGGAUAAAGAAGGACUGUAAGAACCUAGAGAUGCUGUAAUCAGUUGAAUAUGUCCUAACUGUAGGAAUUUAUUUCCCAAAUAACGUUAUGUUUUAGGAUUGUGAUUUAGCAUCAACCAUGUAGCAUUGUGAAAAGGUAACAGAUGAGCUGGAAACAACUCUUUGACAGCUUUGGUUUUGGCUCUGUGGAUCUGUGAGGUUUCUUCCUUAACUUUUCAUUUACAGUUUGCAAAUAACCUGUCUUGUUACCCUAAUCUGGGUGUUGUCGUGUGAGACACAUUGGAGUUACUUCUCUUGCAUUUUGGGUGCACGUCAAGAAUUUUUCCAGAACUCUGUUCUCCGUUGGAAUGAGAAAGUAGUCUUCUAAAUACAGCGUAAUAACUGGUAUUUGAAGUAAAGCGUGACAGCAGAGGUUAAAAGUUAAUAACUGAAUCCUGUGCACUGGGAGACUGGAUAUAUAUAUAUUUUUUUUUCCCAAUCUCUGACAAGCAUACAAGGUGACAUUGUUAGACAAGUAUAUUUAAUUGAAGGUUUAUACAAGAAAUCAUACCUAUUCAGUGUACUUAGAUAUAUUAUAGAUUGUAUAUUGAGACAAUGUCAUUAUUAAUAGAGUAUGACUUUCCAUAGAACAACAGCAUCCCACUCCAAGCAAGGAUUAAUAUGAAUAAGUUGUAGUCAAACAUCUCAGCCUAUGUGUUUAGGACACUUUUGUUUUGGUUGUAUUGUAACUGUAUAUAUUGAACAUGUGCCAUACUAGAGAAAUACAUUUUACCUCAGAAGGGCAGCAGCUUUUGCUAAUGAUUGGAUAAAUCACCUGAACCACAGGGACUAUGUCAUGUUUGUGUGCUGGUACAUGUGCAGCCUGUUGUAUGCUGAGUCAAGAAUGCCAUUUUGUAUUAGGACUUAAUUCUGCAAUCAGAAUGAGAAGACACAGGGUGUCCACCAAGACAUCUGAAUAGUCAGGUAUUGUAAGAGCAUGUCUUACAAUAAUGCAGGGAUUAGUUAGAACACACUAACCACAGUGGAGGAGACAACUCAAAGCAACCCUGCCUCCCAAGCACCAGAGUUUAAAGAAUUUCUUGUAUCACAUCAGUGAUCACUGAAGUUUCAGUCACUGAUUGUAAGUCACCUCUCCUCACCCAGGAUGAUUGCAGCUGUAAUAUUUAGUAGGUUGGGAUGAAUUAAGAGAGAGAGGAGAGUGAAAUCUUGGAAGUGUGUUAUCUCUAAGGUUUAAGCUGUAACUUCUGUGAUGGCAGUUUGGUAUUUCUCAGAGCUAAGAGAACCCUGUCUCUUACAGCAUCACCCUAGAUUAGCCCAGGCAGCACACUGAUAAAGCUUUCCUACUUUGCAGUUCAUUAGCAACACUGAUAAAUAGUGUAUGCCCCAACACACCACUGCAUUAAAGGAACUUUGAUUAAGGAACUGAACAAGUCAUCGCCUUUCUGCUCUUCUAAUUUCAUGAUACAUGUUAUGAAAUGCAAAGAGAAAAGUUAGGGAGCCUGAACAUCUUUUCAGUCUGUCCUACAAGUUUUCAGUAGUAGAAAUGGUUUUAAUACAACUUCUACGGUUUGAGAGACUUAAAAGAUUGAUGAAUUAUUAUAUACUAUUUUAUUCAGUCCUAUUUUACACAUACCUUGUAACAUCGUGCUGGAUAUGUGCGAUUUGUCUCUAAGAUUUGCAUAAGUGCUGUAUUUGAAUGUAUGUUAUAUAUGCCCACACUUACGGUUAGUAGAAUAGUAUAUUGUCAUCAAUCUGAUUUUUAAAUCCUUAUCACAUAAAACUCUAACAUUGGUAGAAAUUUUCUCCUUGUAAGGGCUUCAGGAUUUCGUCAGUAUCCCAUGCGUAUGCAAACUGUGACACAGUGGUGAUCAAAAUCUUCAUGGAUGAUUUUAGAUACAUGGGCCAAAUCUUGGUGCAAACCAGCACAAUGCUGACUUCAGAGUACAUGAGCUGUCUGGUCAGAAAAUACAAAUGCCUCUUAUGUCCCCACAGAGCAUCUUUGUAGGAAAGUGUAUAUCUAUCUGCUCAACUGUAUGAAGCUUAAAAUUUGUUUUGAAGCUUAUAGAUUUUUUUUGUUUGCAAAUCCUUUAUUUAUGCACUUAGAUGUAAUUUAUGUAAUGUUUUCUGAUGCCUGAUUUCAACUUCAAGUUAAUGAGUAUUAAUAUAUUCUUUCCAGAAAGUGAAAGUAGGAUAUAUUGUAAUUUUGUGUAACUGGGACCUCAUCUUUCACCAAGAACAAAACCUAUUCUUUCAACAAGAUCCUCACUGUUAAAGAGUUGGGCUAUAGAUUUUCUUGGCUGCAGCUUUUAUUUCAAUGAAGCAAAUUCUGUCAGUGGUAACUGAAAUAGUGACUUUGGAUAAAAAUAUGAAAAUUGAUGAGAAAAAUAAUUAUCCGUUAUAUGCUUUCAGUGUUCUUUGAAGGCAUUUCUCUUUUACUCAUCAGGGUACAAAAAGGAUUUUCUUCACCUUCCCCUUGCUUGUAGAAAAUCUUUAUAGAUAGGUCAAUUUUUAACAGAUUAAAUUUGGACUGAUUUUUUUCCAGUCUUUAUUGUCAUAGGAAUCAAUGCCUAGUUUUUAUGGCAGAAUUGAAAUGCUAAAAAUAGAAUUCAAAUGCUUGAGAGGGAUUCUUCUUAAUUUCUUACCUUUGUGGUGUAGUGGAUAAAUAAACCUUGUUGUAAUUAUGCAUGCCAAUAUGCACAGAAAAAAAAAAAAUCCUGCAAUGUGAGUAACUUAGUAGAAAAAACAGAUAGACCUCUCCGAGUAACUAAGUGAAAAAAAAAAGGAGGGGGGAUGUGAGGGGAAGAGGAAAAAGAAAUUGUAAAAUCGAUAGUUUCAGGCCUUUGGCAAGAUGUAAAAAUAACCCCUUACAUGGUGUCUCUUCCGUGAAGCAAAUGUUUAAAAAUACAUAGAAGAAUUAUGGAAACUUCCAUGUCCAAAGCCUUCCUCCUGUAAUCAAAGACGUCAAUAGUCUCUUGGCUCUAUAAAGCCAGGUAAUCAGUCCCACUAUGCUCCAAUAUAUACAUAGGGUCCCAAUAGUUAUUAGUUGUAAAAUAGUUUGAUGUCUUUACAGAAAUGUAAAUUUACUGUAUAGCAUAUUUAAAAAGAUGCUUUGCACUCUAUAAACAUGCUAUGCCUAAACACAAAAGAUAUUUGUAAAGACAUACAUAAACUAAAUAUGAAAUUAAAAAAAAUAGAAGGGACCUCAAGAGGUCAUUCAUAUGUGGAGGAGCAGGUUUGCUUCAAUGUCUCUCUUAAAGAAUUGUUUUAGCUCAGUACCUUGCAUGGAAUGCUCUUUGUAUUAUUUAAUUAGAAAAGCCUAAGCACAUCUGACAAAAUUGUAACCUGACAGUAUUUUAUUCACGCCUUUUAUUUACCUGUUUCGUUUGGGAAAUUCAGAAGUUUGCCAAGUGUCACAAGAACUACCAUUUAGAACUACCUGGGAAAAUCUUUGCAAUAAGCUUUGGUCAUGUCCUUGUUAUUAUAUUGUUCCUGUUAUUAUCAGCCUAUGUAUUCAUCAAAAUUUUUGAAAAACUCAUGUUUGAAAGAGCACGGAAGAGAGAAGAGUUCAAAAUCAGGCUUCAGGAUUUUCUGAAGAAUAUUAAAAUAGUUUGGGGAGGAUGUGCUGAAUUUGGUUUUAGUAAUCUUUGCUUGCCCAUGGGGAAUGUCCUGCUGAGCUAUCAACAGCAUUGGGUGCCAGGACAAAUUUGGAAGACAAAUGUCAAUGUGAAAGGCAAGAGCAGAUGUCUCAGAAGAUUGUAUUGAAAAAUCAAUCAUGUGGCUAGUUGUAUCAUGUCCUUCUGAAGAAAGGAAUUUUACAAGUAGCUUAUGAACCUGUAUUUGUGGUGCUGAGAAUAGUACUUUUGUCUCCUCUUUCUCAGGUAGCAAACCAGAAACACAGCCAGUUAAAGACAUUAAUAUCUCAAUGGAAGAUAUUCACAUUGUGUUUAUAUAUGCCAAAAAAUGAAGACAGACAUCUUGAUCCCUCAGUCUGGUUUGAACUGCAGGACAAAAUAAUGUGUCCCUACAUUGUGUAAGAAGAAUGUCUGGUUCUUCAGUGAUGCCUAGUUUCUUUAGAAACCUAGCUAAACAUUUUACUAUGAGAAUUUUACAAACCAGGGGUGAUCUGCUUUCCUGUGUAGUUAAAUCUGAAUGUAUAUUUUACCACUUCUGCUAAGGAAUUAGUAAACACUGAGUUUUUCCUUUAAAUUAAAUGCUUUUCUUCCUAUAUAAUUGAAGAAAAAAAGGUAGUUUACUCUGAAGACCCCUGAAAUGAAAUCUUGGAUGCAUUGUGAACUUGGUCAGGAAGGAUCUCUUUUUGAGGGCCUUGAAAGAUGCUUCUUGUGUAUUAACUAU